AUGCGUGAAUACAAGCUAGUGGUGUUAGGCUCUGGAGGUGUGGGCAAGUCCGCUCUGACAGUUCAGUUCGUCCAGGGAAUCUUUGUGGAAAAAUAUGACCCGACAAUAGAAGACUCGUACAGAAAGCAAGUGGAGGUAGAUGGGCAGCAAUGUAUGCUUGAAAUUCUCGACACAGCCGGCACAGAGCAGUUCACAGCAAUGAGGGACUUGUACAUGAAGAACGGCCAGGGCUUUGCCUUGGUUUACUCCAUCACGGCACAGUCCACUUUUAACGACCUCCAGGACCUGAGGGAACAGAUUCUACGAGUAAAGGACACAGAGGAUGUGCCGAUGAUCCUGGUGGGCAACAAGUGCGACUUGGAGGAUGAACGUGUAGUGGGCAAGGAGCAGGGCCAGAACCUGGCCAGACAGUGGAACCACUGUGCCUUUUUAGAGUCGUCCGCUAAGUCAAAGAUCAAUGUCCUCGAUAUCUUCUACGACUUGGUCAGACAGAUAAAUAGAAAAACGCCAGUGGAAAAGAAAAAGGCAAAAAAGAAAUCCAACUGUGUGCUGCUUUAA